AUGGGGAAAUCGUACGAGAAUUUUAUGUGCAAGAAGUUCUUUCACCCUACGGCAAAACAUAACAUCAAGAAAGUAUGGAUGAGGGAACAGGAGCUUCAGCAAGAGAGCAAAGAAGAGGCCGAAGCUAUCGAACAGUUCAAAAGAGAGCAAGAUCUCUUCGAGACGAAGCUUCUUAUGGGUGAUUCGAAGGCAAAAGCUGGGUUGAGUUUCAUGUAUGAUCAACCCGCCAGUCUCAAAAAGGACGAUAUGGACUUGAUUGGCGAGAAGAAACAAGAGUUCAAAUUCGAGUGGCAGAAAAAUGCUCCCCGAGAAAAGUAUCUCAAGGACGACACAAGCGUCCAGUCAGAUCAACCGUUUGGUAUCGCUGUUAAAAAUGUCCGAUGUCUCAAGUGCAAGCAAUGGGGUCACAUGAACACUGAUAAGGAAUGCCCUUUGUACGGACAGAGUAACUCGCUCGCGCCCACUACUUUCAAGGAAAAAAGUUACGGCGGUCAACUUGAAUCCGGCGCUCUUACACUCAAGAACGGUGCAACUUACGAAGUAGACGAUACUCUGAUCGCUUCGUCUUCAAAGAAGCCUAAGAAAGAUAAAAAGUCGAAGGAAGACCCUCUUGGCGAUAAACUUGCGAAUAUGACUACCAAGGAUAAAGAGCGUCUGCUCGAGGCACUCCGUUCUGGAAAAAUGGUCAAACCAAAAAAGUCCAAAAAGGCGAAGAAAGAAAAGAAAGAGAAAAAGUCUAAAAAAGAAAAGAUGGAAAUCAAGGAAGAGGCUGACGUCAAACAAGAGUGA